AUGGUUCCUUCUCCAGGGCUAGCUCCUCUUCCGGCCAAAGGUUCAAGGUUGAAGGUCACUGAACGCAACAUGGAUUACCUGAUGAACCCACGUGACUCGAUGUCGUUUGACCACUCCAAAGGUCUUCUCAAUAUGCCUGGUCAAAAUAAUUGCUUCCUAAACAGCGCUGUACAGGUUCUAUGGCAUUUGGAUAUAUUUCGUCGAAGUUUCCGAGAGCUUAAUGGACAUUUAUGCAUGGCCGAGUCCUGUAUCUUUUGUGCCCUCAAGGAGCUGUUUGCACAGCUUCAGUACAGUCAUGAGUCGGCGCUACCACCAGAUGCUCUGAGACGUGCUUUAGCUGACACUUUCCACCAGAGACGCUUUCAACUGGGAGGGAUGGAUGAUGCAGCGGAAUGUUUUGAAAAUAUCCUGCGGCAGAUUCAUUUCCAUAUAGCCAAUCAGGAGUCAGAAGACAUGUGUAGUGCGUCCCAUUGUAUUCCACACCAGAAGUUCGCCAUGACUCUGGUGGAACAGACCGUUUGCCAUGCAUGUGGCGCCACCUCUGAACCGCUGUCAUUUACUCAGAUGGUUCACUACGUUUCGACAUCGUCUCUUUGUUCACAAGCAGAACUCAUGGUAAAUCAGCACAGGGAUCCUGCCGACGUCUUUGGACAAUUACUCAGAAAAGCUGGAGGAAUGGGGGACACAAGAGAAUGUCCAAGUACUUGUGGGGCAAAAAUGCAGAUUUGUCGAGUUCUCAUGAACCAUCCCGAAAUCGUGAGUAUUGGACUCAUCUGGGACUCUGAGAGGCCUACAUUAGAACGUAUCCUGGAGGUUUUUAAGUCCAUUGGCAUGAUUCUCAAGAUACAAGAUAUGUUUCACUCUGUCGUUGAUAAUCACUGGGCCACAGCUACCAAACACCAUCUUGUUGGAAUUGUUACAUAUUAUGGAAAACAUUAUUCCACAUUCUUCUUCCAUACAAAGCUUCGGGUUUGGAUCUACUUUGAUGAUGCCACAGUUCGUGAGAUUGGAUCCAAGUGGGAACAGGUAAUUGAAAAAUGUAGACGUGGACAUUUUCAGCCAUUAUUACUGCUGUAUGCUAAUCCAAACGGAUCCUCCAUUUCUGCAUCCACAGCUCCAAAGCAUGUUACCAUGAUUGGCAAGAUUCAAAGAGAUCUGGAAGUUUCUGGUGAGUUCUGUGAAUCUGGAACAGUUUUAGAUAGAGAAUCCACUAGAUACAACACUGUGGAGGAUAACUACCAAAUGCAACUAAAAUCAACAUAUCUUGAACCUUCUUAUGAAAACUCUGACAGUGUUAAAUUACAAAGGUCACAUAUACAAAACCAAAGUUUUACUCUGACAAAUGGAGUUAAACAUUUUCGUCAAAACAUCCCAUAUCCAUCACAGAAACUCUCAAUUCCUGACUAUUUUACAAAUGAAUAUGGACAGAAUCACGUUCACAAACCUUAUUUAUCUCUUCCAAAAUCGGACUCCAGUGUACCAUGCAACACUCAUAUAUGUUCCCAGGAUACUUUUGAUCAACAUGACUAUGGUCAGUCCUGUAGAGAUGGUGGCCAUCUUUUACCACACACCAAUAAUGUUGUAGCAUUACAUGGUUGUGUACCCUCUGGCAAUUCGCUAUUGCCACACAUUUUAACAAGUGAGUCCACAUCGAGUAACCAGAUUAGUACAUCCAAUGGUUUGAGCGAAUCCAAGUGUCCUCAGUCUUUCCAUCAGCUUUCUACUGAUGAGUGUUUAUGUGUAUCAAAUUCCAGAGAGCUUUCACUGAAAUUGGGAACUUUUAGCCAACAAAAUAGCAGUUUCAAAUGUACCAAAAGCUAUACAGUAGACUCCAACACAUAUAUCAACCGAAAGGCUGUAGAAAGUGUGUUAACUGCUCAGAAAAUGAAAAGACACAGAUCUUUAUAUGGAAAUUACUAUCUUGCUGUGGGAAACCGUAACAGUAGUAGCAGUCUGGAAUCAUUUGAUAGCAACCUACAAACCAGAGAUAAAACCUUAAAUACCAUGCCUAAUCCUAAAGGGGACAUCAGUGGAUCAGCUAAUGUUGUAAGAAGACGAGACUCAGGCAACUGGAGUGGUGAUCACAAUAGUGCGAGUACAUCCAGAGAUAAAACCUUAAAUACUAUGCCUAAUCCUAAAGGGGACAUCAGUGGAUCAGCUAAUGUUGUAAGAAGACGAGACUCAGGCAACUGGAGUGGUGAUCACAAUAGUGCGAGUUCAUCUAGUAGCGCUUCCUUCGACAGUCCAUACUUCUAUAUUGUUGGUAACAAAAAAGUUGCCUCUAUUGUUUUUCAGGUCACAGCUGGUAUUAAUGGCCAUGAAAACAUUUCGGGGAGUAUGAAAGAUGGUCAACAUAAUUACAUGAAUGUUGGAGUUUUCCCCGAUCAAGGUUAUGAUUCCUUCUCAUUGUCCAGUACUGACAGUUAUCCAUCUGUCACUGGUUCACCUGCCAAACUGGAUCCUCGUCUAGACCAGAUACCUGAGGAUUUACAAACCAUCUGUCAAGUGACAGGAAUCCUAGACCCCCCUAUUUCUGAAUCCCAAGAUCAAAAUGGAUAUAAUUCUGAAACUAAAGCUUCUGGGGGGGAUUGUGAUAAAUUAUGUGCUGAGGCUGAUCUUCUUCUAAUAAAGUCUCAUGAGAUGGAAAAUGAGGGAGACCUGGUUUUGGCAGCUAUGUUGAGCGAUUCAGCAGCAGCAAAAGCAAGAGCUGCUAUGGAUGCCCCAUACAAUAACGCACAGUCACUGGUUUCUGCAAAGAUGAAGCAUAGCUUCUGUGUGAUGAGAUCUUCUAGUCUUCAUAAGCGUCUGAAGGAGGCGGAGGUAGAAGAAAGAAGAAAGCAAAAAGAGAUUUCAAGCACUGAAGGACACCACAGCCGGCAGUCUAGUCGAGAUAGUACACAUGGACGCCACAGUCGACAAGGAAGUAAAGAUGGUUCUUCUGGCUCCCACAGCCGGCAAGGAAGCAAAGACAGCUCGAGUGGCAAGCAAAUUAUGGCUGAUUUUGAUGUUAAGCCUGGAAGAACGAUUGAGAUAUAUGCCACACUCCCAAAGAAAAGUAGUAAGCGUAAAAGUCCACCUAAAAGUACAGAUGAAAGCCACACUUGCAGAGAUUUCGUUGAGAAGCACAAAGAAGCGAUUAAAGCUGAAGUUACCAGUCAAGAAUCAGACCAAAUGAAAGUAUUUACUCGAGCAAAGUAUAAAAAGUUAGAAGUACCAUCUGAAAUAAAAGUACAAACAAAGAACAUGCAAGAAUUUGUAGAACAUUGCUUGGUUCCAAAAGAACACGGCGUUUUAGACUCGUCUAAUAAAAAAGAUUAUAACAAGAAAACUUGUCUUCAUCGGACUUGGUCAGGCCAGUCUUUUCCGAAAGUGGAAAGUGUAGUAAAAUCGGAAGAACUACAAAUGCAGACAAAUGAACACUCUAACAAAAAACAGCAUAAGAUCCGAAGAAAACUAAUGGGAGGAUUCAUGCGAAGGAAGAAUCGUAGUUUGCCUGACCUCAGAGAAGGACAGAAUCAAAAUGACCCUCAGCUACAUUGUUUUGAUGAUUUUGAAGUCAUAAAACCACCGCUUUCUUCGAACUCCUUAGAACCCAAAGUGACAGAAAAUAAUGAAUGCCCCUCAGAUCUGCAAAUGUCUAAUGUAAGUAGGGGAUUUCACCAACCCCACCGAGCAUUUAUAAAAAAACACAGUUUUCAGCAACGCUCACUUGUGAAAGUGAAUCCACCACAUAUAAAUGAACUGCUGUCACAACUUUCACCUGACUCAACGAGUAAUUUUGGUAAAGAUGACAUUGACUUUCCUCCUCCGCCACCAGACCAUAUGCUCCUUAUCCACUCUCCUGAUUCCUUAGUGUCCUUUGAAUAUAAUAGUGAAACCAAAUGUCCCGACCCACCACUUCCUCCCCCUCCCACUGAAUUUUCCAGUUUGCCAAAUGGAGGACAGUUUCUGGAUCUUCCAUCACAAGAAGAACAAUUAAAUAGUGGAUUUCAGCAGCUUUCAGUUCAUUCUGGAUUUUGUCAACUGCUCCAAGAAAGCAAAAAUUCACCAGUAUCAAAUGCUUUUCUAGAAGAAAUUCAAACGAAACGGGAAAAAAUGCUUCAAUCAUCAACUCUAAAAGAAAAAGACUCUCAAAAUGUACCGCAAAAACCAGUACGAAAAUGUGGAGUGAAUGAAUUCAGGAAACAAUUAACAUCGAGUCAGCCUCAAAGAGAGAAUGUAUUGCUGCAAGAAUUGCAAAACAAACAGUUCCAAAUGCUGCAAAAGAAAAACUCAGAGAAAGAACCAACAAAAGAUGCAGAAACAAUAAACUUCGAAAACUAUCCUGCUCUCCCCAAGAAAAUACUUCAGAAGAACUGCUUUGAAACAGGAAAGAAUCAGAGAUUGGAAGAUAAUUCGAUUAAGUUGGUCUCUGAAAUUUCUCAGUCACCACCUGCGAAGAACUUUGAAGUUCUAAAAGCCACAGAUACUGUCAUCACGUCAGGUGAAAGACAUGACGAACCACAUGCAAUAACAUCAUGUUCGGUAAAAAAUCUGGCCUCGAAGUUUGAAUUAAUGUUAAAACCAAAACCAGUGAAAGAAAUGAAGAACGAAAGCAAUAUUGUUCGUGAUGCAAUCAAUACUCAAAAUUCUCUUGAGUUUGAAACGAAAAAUACUUCUAUCGAUCAGAACAUCUUCAAAUCUUUUCUGACUGAAAGAUACUCUUCAGAAGAAAAUAGUAACAAUAUGCAAAGAUCCCCAGAGAGUAAUGUUGUUCAGAGUAGAAAUAGAACAGUUCACCGUCAGAUUCUGCACAUUUCUCCUGCAAACAAAACAGCUUUGUCUUCAGGGUUAAAAACUUGUGAUUUUCAACUUGUAGCAAACGAAUAUACAAAUUCUGAUUCGUCUUUGAAUGCUCCAAAAAACUGUCAGUCGUCAAAAGACGUAUUGCAGCCUUCUUCAGAAUCUGAACGACCCGAAGCCACUGCCGAUCACUCUGUGACAAUACAAGGAAUUGGAAGGAGGAAAGAUUCCGCUCUACCCACAAGCGUUGAGAUAAACCAGAAUGGAACAUCGUUUGUGAGUGAAGGCGUUUCUUUCUGCACAAAUAUAUCUGAUAAAACUCUGCAGAAGUUUACAACCUUUUCAUUGAAUGAACAACAGCGCAAAGAAGUGAAUGGAGUACCCAAAGAAAUAAAGCCGUUUUCUUCAAAUAAAAUCAGAAAUCAGCAUCCAAAGAAAAGGACAGGCACAAAGAAAAGUGUGACGUUUUCUGACCAAGUUGUUUUAGUGGCAUGCGCAGAAGAUGAAGAGUAUGAACAUCUUCCAAACCCUCUUUUAGAGCGAGUUUACAAGCAGCAUUUGCAAGAAGAAUAUCAGAGAACCUUAAAUGGAUUACGUAUCACAAAUUCAGCUAAAGACGGACCUUUGAGAGAUUCUUCUCAGGCUAAUACGAGUGAACAAAAUCUUGAACAGGGUACCUCAACUGCUCCUGAUUCUCAUGUAUGUGAUUUAUGUCAUCAGAAGAAAGUUUCAUCGCCGAAUGUUUAUUGUCUUGACUGUUCUUUAUAUAUAUGAAAAUCAUGUCAAUAAAUGGCGCCUUCAGUUACACAGCUCUGUAAAACCUUUAUGAUUAUCCGAUAUAUAUGUAUUUAUAUAUGUGUGUGUGUAAAAAAGUAUAUGAUUGUGUGAUAUCUUAAAAUCCCGUUAUAUGUGAAAAUACAUGUCAAACCUUUUAUUAUUAUUUACGUAAUUCAAUAUUAGUUCUUAUUUUGUUUUAUUAUUUUAUUAAACCUACUGACAAAAGACCCUUAGAGGUCUUUUUAGGUCCAUACUUAACAUUCCACAUUUGUAUAUAAAAAUGUUGAUCAAGUUUUAAAUGUUUAGUAAGUGCCAAAGUUCGCAUUGUAAAUUUUCUUUUCAUUGUUGAUUCAUAGUUUAAUACUUUUCACUGUAAAGUAUAGGUUGUUCGAUUAGCGACCAAAAGCCCAAUCUCUUAUCCGUCCAACAAUUGUAAUUUAGUUUUUGGUUUGGUGUUAUAAAAUAUACGUACUGCAGCACUUAGAAUAGGGGACAGUCAAUGAGCUAGCAGUAAUUUAGUAACUGAAUGUAAUUUCUUUUUUCACUGCUCUAUAAAAGGUUUAUUACAUCAAUAAAUAAA